AUGCUCCCCACCCCUCCGUCGACUCAUACCUCGCGAUCGACAUCGCCUGCCUGCCCGGCCCUGGGCCCGGAUGCCGAUCUCGUAGACGCGGAUACCUCAGAGACUCCCUCUGCUGGCAAGAAGAAGAAAAAGAAGAAGGCGAAGAAGACCGGGGCGAAGGCCAAGGAGCCCGCGAACGGGACGGCGAACGACACAGAGCGCGACCGUCCUCCGGUCCUGUGCAUAAGCCGCAACAAGCAUUGGCGUUACAUCAGCUCCUACCACGGGCCCUGGCUGCAACUCCCGCUCGAGCUGCUCGAGUCUCUCCUCCUGCUCAACGUCGACCCCGCAACGCUGUCUGCGGCUGACUCCAAGCUCCCCCCACUUCCCUCCCACCCCAGCGCACACCCCCACCUCCACACGAACGGCCAUAGUCACCGCCACAACCACGGCCAUGACCACGGUUUCGGACACGGGCACGGGCACCCCAAGCAGCGCGACCGCGGCUUCGCGUCCCUCGCAGACUACUCGCCGCCCGACUCCCCGCGCAACGCCUUCGCAGCCCUCCCUGCCCCCUAUCCCUUCCCUGCUCCCUUACCGGGCCAAGCGACGCCCCCGCCCAUCGACCCAGGCGUCUUCCGCUCCGUCACGCACAUCCGCCGGCUCAUCGACGAGGCCGCGGAGCUCUCGGUGCGUGCGAGCUCCGGGCUGUCCGCGGCCGCGCUCGGCUCGAUGCGCGGCGCGGGGACGAUGAACGGGAACGCGUGGGCGACGGCGCAGAGCUUGGGGCUGGGCAUGAACCCCCUCGGGGACGGGGGAGGCAGGAACGUCGCGAUGAGCGCUAUGCGCGUGCACAGGCUGAGGGCGCUCGCGGUGCAGAAGCUCGCGGCGGCAUACAGGACGGACGAGAUCGCGUCGAGCGUGAUGGUUAUGCAGGGAGGGAGCGUGUUUGACGACAUCGCGGAGAGGGUGCUGAAAGUUGACCCUAACGACGUUGAUGCACGAUACGUGCACUUCUUUCACGAGAAGAUACCCUCCAGGCAACUGGCUGAGUCGACUUCGACCCAGGUGCUUGACGAGCUCAUAGCAACAAAUUCGCAUAGAUUGGAAUUCUAUCGUACACGAGGUAUCGUCCACUGCUUCCGGGACGAGUACGCGCUUGCGGCGAAGGACUUUACGCACGCAAUCAAGGAAGCGCGAGUGCAACGCAAAGCCCGGAAUGCGCAUCUCGGCAGCAAUUUGAGCGAUAAACAGCGAGGAAAAGGUACAAAGAAAAAGAAGGGCAAGGCUGGAGGGGGAAGGACCAACGGACAGGCACCUCCCAAUGGAACAAGCGCGAGUGCAGGAGGGCCGGACGGGCUGAGCACCGAGGGAUCCGACGGCGACGGCGUCCUGCUCCAUCCAUCUGUGUUGCCAGAUGCUCCCGACCCUAUCGAGCCCCAAUGUCUCUUCCUCCGCGCCGCGGCAUACCUCCAGCAUGCCGCCUUCCUCAUCGAGGAAGCCAUCUUCAAGGUGGAAGGCAUCCGCAAGGUACCGUCGGUCGACGGGGCGGAGAUGCGCCUGUGCUACGUCGAGAACGCGCGGUAUGGUGGGACUGAGAUCGGGAACCCAGAUGGACCCCUUGGCAAAGUGGACGGGCCGAAGCUGCAGGCGUACCGCGCGGUCUUCACGGACGCGGCGUUCCGCGAGACGAUCCUCACGCUCGUCAAAAAGAGCAUGCGCGACCACAAGCAGUUCCUCGCGCACUUCGACACGCUCGAGGGGCCGCCAGGGUACGCGGACGCGGACAUCGCGCAGCGCACAGAGUACGCGUUCCUCCUCUCCGAGUCCCUCCGCCCCGGCAGCCAGAGCGCGCCCCCGCCGGUGCCGGACACUCCGCCCAUGUUCACGACGUACCACCCGCUGCUCGUCGAGUCGCACUUCAGCAUCCUCCUCUGCUACCUGAUGCUCGGGGACUUUCCCGGGCUCCUCCCCGCGUUCUCGCGUACCGCCGCCCUCGUCGACGGGCUCGAAGGCUACCCAGUGUUCCUACCCCCCCGCUCAAUGGCCCAGGCCGAAUUCAUCGAGAUCCUCGAGCGCCUUGCUGGGGGGUGGCGCAACGGCGUCCAGCCGCACUCGCUCAGUCGCGCGAACUCGAAGCAGCUUGCCAUCGAGGCGCCCCCACGCUCCCCGCGCUCGCCGAAAGCGAAGGAGGUCAACCGGAUCCCGACGCCCCCUUCGCCGGAGCUCGGCCACUCCAGGGCUGGGUCAUCAGGCUCGACGCACCUGCUCGGCCCUCUGCCCUCCCCAGGCCCGACCGCGGACGGCGAGCCACCUCGCAGCCCUGAGGAAAUGUACGAGGCGCUGGACGCCGCACGGAUCCUGCUCGCGCCGGUGGUGCAACGCCAGCGGGAGAAGGCGGAGCGGGCGGCGGCGGAGAAGGGCGGGAAGGGUGGCGGCGGCAAGAGCAAGAAGCCGCUCAACAUCAACAUCCCGCUGCACGGGCCGCGGGUCGAGAUCGUGCUUGCGUGGAUGGCGGCGGUGUUCUUGUGCGAGUUGGACACGGUCGCGUGA